UAUAUAUAAAUAUUAUUUUAUUUUAAUCUAUCGUUUAGUUUCGUAUACAUAUCUAUCAAUCUAUCUAUCUAUAUAUAUAUCGUUGAGUUUAUAUAUAUGUAUCUCCUUUGAGUCAGUAUCUAACUAGUAUCUUGAUAUCAUAUCUCUAAAUCCUUAUCUACCAUCAAUUACAAACUCUUUUAUCUUCCAUCGAAGAAAAUUGUUGAAGUGAUAGAGAAAGAGUGAGAGAAACUGUUGUUGAUGUUUUAAUUGUUUAUUUUCCAGAGUCAGUGGAUUUGUUUAUGUCGCGUGUGCAUGUGUGUAUGCAUGCGUGUGUGUUCUGAUCAACAUAGUGUAGUUUAUAUUUUGUGAUAGUAUAGUGUAGAUAAGCGAGUGUAGAGGUUAUAUUUCCCCACUCCGCACAGUUAAACCAUCUUCCUCGACUUUUUUUAUUAAUUACAAAUAACACAUGUAUAUCUGUAUAUCAACAUAUCAACCUGUACAUGUCGAUAUGUAUAUAGACCAUAUAUAUCUAUUUGACAAACUUUAACUAUGUAAACUACAGUUAAACAAAACGAACUAAACAAUUAUUAGAAAAGAAAGAAAAAGAACACAAACCAUCCUACCGAAACAAACCUAAACUUGUAACGAUAACAAUUGUUGCACACCCCUACCUUACCGAUAUCAAAUACCCAAAACACUAACAGAAUCACAUUGCAAAAGUUCAUUUAUAUUUGUUGUGAGUUUUAAGUAUGUAUAUACGUAUAUAAAAAUUCUAUAUAUAUAUAUAUUUAAAACUCACACAUAUUUAAAAUUAUAUAUAAAUACAUAACGUAUAUACCUGCAUAUAAGUUAGUUGAAAUAAGAUUUGUUAUUAAAGUGAUAUUUCCACUUUAUAUAUAUAUAUAUAUAAAGGUACAUACAAACAGCAAAUUAACGGAAAAAAAAGAGGGAUUUAUUUUUAGGGAGAAUCACACACACACAAGACACAGAUAAGCAAAAGGUCAGAUCUUAAAACAAAAGCAGGAAAAAUCAAUUAUUAACCACCAAUAUAAAUUACCACCACCACUAACCACAACAACAACAAUUCUUGGAAAUAUUUAUUAAUUUGUUUUUUUUAUUCCCAUUUCGUCUUCCUUUAAAACAAAAUAUUAAAAAAAGAAAGUAUUUAUUUCUGAUCAGUUGUGAAUUUUCUUUUCUAUUUAAAUUUUAACAGUUGAAUAUUAGAAGAAAAAUAGUAAGCAUAACUUGAUAAUAAUGCUUAUAAAUAUAUCUUAAAUUACACCAAACCAAAUUAAAAAUAUAUAUAUAUAUAUAUUAAAACCCUCCCCUACUCUUCAUCCCUAUCCAUUACAAUAAUCACCUGAAAAUAUAAAUAAAAUUUAUAUAUAUAUAUAUUUAUACAUAUAUAAAUAUAUAUAUAUAUAUAUAUAUAUAACAAUUCAAAUACACACAUACACAUAUAUAUAUAUAUUAAUUGCAAAGUGAGAGAAAAACCAAGGAAAACCUUGCGGAUUUUCUUUUGCCAGCUAUGGAAAGCUGGUGUCAGCGAACAUUAACAUUGGGGAAGUACACUGUUACCAUUUUUCUUGGAUUUUUCUGCACACUACUGGUGGAACCAAUUCGCUGUGUGGACGAGCGGUUUUUGUGGAAACCAAACUCGGAAGUUGUAAUACAAGGAGUUGGCAAUGGAAUCGAAUGGUUUACGAGGAACGAGACACGGCCGAACCAUUAUCGCAUACUUAUGGUUCAAGGCGAUAACAUGAUGGUGGCAGCAAGAAAUCACUUUUACAACAUCAGUAUGAUAUCUUUACAAGAAAACAUGCAUUCUGAAUGGAAUGCAUCCUCAUCUGCAGUUAACAGUUGCACAAUUCGAGAUAAACCCGAGAAUUGUCAGAACUACAUACGUGUUAUUGCCCUUAAUGAGACGAAUUUGUUUGUUUGUGGCACCAAUGCAUUUAAGCCUAUAUGUCGGUCCUAUGAUAUUGAGCAUGGCAGUUAUGUUACUCGUUACGAAUAUAAUGGAGUUGGAAAAUGUCCAUUUGACCCAAAGCAUAACAGCACGGCAAUACUCGUAGACAAACAUCUCUUUACUGCCACAGUUACAGAUACAUCAGGUCGGGAUCCUUUAAUAUUUAGGGAGAUGAUCCGUACAGAACAACACGACUCCAGAUGGCUAAAUGAACCUGACUUUGUCAGCUCUUUUGAAUAUGGCGAUAAAGUUUAUUUCAUUUAUAGAGAAGCAGCUGUUGAAAACAUAAACUGUGGGAAGGUGGUUUUUUCUCGUAUCGCUCGAGUUUGCAAAGCAGAUCAAGGAGGUCUGAGGUCACUAGGUGGAAUCUGGACAACUUUCUACAAAGCACGGUUAAAUUGCUCAAUUCCAGGAGAAUUCCCAUUUUACUUCAAUGAAGUUGAACAUGCAACUAAUGUCUUAAGCGGGAACCAUGUCUCCUCUAGGAAAUUUGAUAAAAGUCAUGAUAUCUUUUACGCAAUAUUCAAUACACCCGAGAAUAGUGCCCCUGCUUCGGCUGUCUGUGCAUUUUCCAUGAAGCAAGUCAUCAAGACAUUUAAGGGUCGUUUCAAGGGUCAGAAAUCAGCAGGCCACAACUGGUUGCCAGUCAGCAAAGAUGAGACUCCAAAUCCUCACCCGGAAGCGUGCCAACAAAAUUCAAAGCGAAUUGAUGAUGAAACACUGAACUUCAUCAAGUCUCAUCCUCUAAUGAAUGAUGCUGUACCAAGUCUUGGAGAUCAACCGAUUUUGGUUUAUACUGGCUUCAAUUACAGAUUCACUAGAGUUGCCGUACAUCCACAGUACCAAGCAGUGGAUGGUCGAAAAUAUGAUAUUCUCUUCAUUGGUACAAAUGAUGGUCAUGUUUUGAAAGUGGUGAACAUUGACCAAGGGAAAAAAGUUCGAAGCAUUGUCAUCGAAGAAAUAAAGGUUUUCCACCAUGGAGCCAAAGUGGAAGGUUUAGAAGUGUAUCAUAAUUUUGGAAUGGAGAAACUUGUUAUCGUAUCAAGUGACGAUAUUGUAUCAAUACCUUUACAUCGGUGCCAUGAGAAGAAAUCUUGCAAGGAAUGUGUGGCCCUACAAGAUCCAUAUUGCUCCUGGCUAGAUGGCAAGUGUUCAGCUUUUACAAGUCAAGGAGAAAUUUCUCAAAUUCAGGACAUCCGUUAUGGCUUCCAUGCACGAUGUGAAGAAGAAGAAAUAAAUGUCUACCACCUGGGAAGCCUCCCAAACAUGAACAAAUCCGAUAGACAGAUGCCUACAACAGCAACGACCACCACCACCACCAUCACCACGACUACCACACCAGUUCCUAAGACCACUUCGAAGUACUUUGCAAGAUGUCCACCUUGUAAACCAUGUAUAACACCUGAUCCCAAGAUUCAUGUCAGGAGACCGGAUGCCAAGUUUCCUUGGGCAACACAGCCAUCUGAUGGCUUCUUAGACAAUGAGAUUCCUAGAAUCCACCGGAACAAAGGAAUCAUCAGACUGACCACACCCCAUGGAAAUCCCAAUGAAAUAGAGGCUCCUGAUCAUCGACCAAUUGAGUCACGAAACCAUCUGACUACGGCUGAAUUUAUUCCGACUCCCAUUUUUAUCGGUUCGCUGGUUUUUGUCUUCCUGUUGGCAAGUGGGCUUGGUUUCAUUGUCGGUUUUAAAGUGAGCACCUGCAAAGAUUCUCAGGACAAUGACUCGACGAUUGAUGAUGCUACGGCAAAUCUGCGUGUCCACCAAGAAAAUGACCACUACUACGCCAAACCAGAUAAUCGUGCUCCGACGAAAUACAACAACUACUGGGACGGCUCUCCAAGAGCUGGCAAAGUACCAAACAAUGGUUCUGAAUUCCGACCUGUGAACACUUAUACAAAUGUCAAAGGGAAGACCUAUUUAUAGCCAAGUGAAAAAUGGAAAGAAAAAAAAAAACUAAUAAAGAAAUAAAAAACAAAAAUAAAAUAUAAAUAACAAAAGCAAAAAAAUCCAAAUAACCAAAAUAAAACAAAAAAUACAAAAAUGAAACAAAAACAAAAAAAUAUCUAAAGGGGGAAAGACACAACUCCACUGUGAAAGGAGAGGGGGGACUUUCAUUAUCAGUAAUUAAGAAUUAUUAUGAUUGAUCACUGUCAUCAUAAUUAUUGAUUAUUUAUGAUUACAGCUAUGAUUUCUUUUUUAAUGUCUUAGUCAGUUCCUAUUAUCAUUAUUACUAUUAUUUAUUAUUAUCAAUAUUAUUUUUAUUUUUAUUAUUAUGAUUAUUUUAAUGAAAGGGAAGAUGGAGAUUUUAGCAGAAAUACUUGAGAGCUGCAUCAGUUUUUUAGUCUUGUCUCUCUCUCUCUCUCUUUAUAUAUAUAUUGCUAUCUUCAUUCUGUGUUCAAAUCCCACCAGUGGUAGUUAUUUUGUUUUGUUUUGUUUUUUUGCCUUUCAUUCCUCUGGUGUUGGUACUGGUGGCUGUGGCAAAAGGUUGAUAAAAACAUGUACCCAGUUGAUAAAAAAUAAGUACCCCCCUUAUAACAUUAAAUGUUGGUAGUGUUCAUUCAAUCAACUAUUAAUUAUUAACUAAAGCUCUUCUCUUGAACUAUUGGGCUUUGUGCUUAUAUAAAGAGGAGGAGGAGGAGGGGAUGAUGAAGGAAAAAAAUAAACAUUGCCAAAUAAUAAAAAAGAAAGAAAAGUCUUUUUGUUUUUCUGGCUCCUGGUAAACCUUCUUCAGUGAUAAGAAUUUUGGCAACCCAGUUUCAGUUCCUGUUUGUAACUGUUUCACAUGUAUUUAACACAUCACUUUUCUUUCUUUUUUAUCUUUUCUUUUUUAUCUUUGCUCCAGAGGUGGGAAGGCUGGAAGGUAAAAAAAAAAUACGAUUAUAAUUAAUAUAGAAUGACCAUAAAUAUCAAGGUGUUACCAUUUCUCUCACUACAUGCCUAACCCUAUAGAAUACACAUAAACCUUCCCUUUAGAACUUUUGCUGGGCUGGUUGAGGCAAAUGAAAAUAAUAGGAAACAACGUUCAUCAUCGUCAUCAUCAUGGUGAUGGGGUGGCUGUAUUGUUAGUGUCAGACAAAAUGCCUCGCUAUAUUCUGAGUUCAAAUCCCACCGAUGUCAACUUUACCUUUCAUACUUCUGGGGUCAAUAAAAUAAAGUAUCAGUUAUGUGCUGCAGACAACAGAGAAUCGACUAUUUCCUCUUUUCAAAUUCAUCACCUUGUGCCAUUAAUUGGAGGAGAAGGAACAGUUGAUUCUAUAUUAAUGUCAUCAUCUUUAUUAUGAUUAUAAUUAUUAUUGUCAUCAUUAUUGUUAUGAUUAUAAUUAUUAUUAUCAUCAUUAUUAUUAUUAUUAAAUUGGUAAGCUGCCAGAAUCAUUUGUACAUUGGGCAGAAUGCUUAGUGGUAUUUUGUUUGCCUUUACAAUCUGAGUUCAAAUUCUGCCAAGGUCAACUUUGCCUUUCAUCCUUUCAAAGUUGAUAAAAUAAGUACCAGCUGAGCACUGGGGUUGAUGUAUUCAACUAGCUCCUUCCUCCAAAAUUAUUAUUAUUAUUAUUAUGACUACUAUAAAUAUUUUUUCUCUUUUUUUGAUUGAUCUUUAACCUCAUCUUUUUCUGCUUCUCAAUGUCUUAUAUUUUCUUACUAAAAGAAAAGAUAAUAUUUAUGUUCCUUAACAACAACAGCAGCAACAAGAACUUCAACAAACAAGAAACAAACCCCAACUACAAUCAAAAUAAAUUUAUAAUUAAUUCAGAAGAGAAAAUACAAAAGUGAUACAUACACAGAGUAUAUAUAUAUAUAUGUAUAUAUAAUAUGAGUAUAUCUGUGUUUUUCAUCUUGCUUGCAUUUUUUUUUCUCCAUUAAUUUUGUCAAGUGUGAGGAAGUAGGAGUGCUUAAGAAGGGGAAUGAUGUUGAUAUGAUCAUUAAUAAACAUUAGUGUAUCCCUGCUACUUUCCUGAUUGGGUGUCAUAUGAAUGAGAAGAUUCAUCGAUACAUGCUGCAGAGGUUGAAAUUGAAACGAGUUUCACCUGAAGAUCACACAGUAGCUUGAAACUUGAGUCAUGAGACAAACUCUCAGCUUCAUUUUCAAUUAAAGAAAAACUUUAUAUAUAAAUUGUAUAAAGGAUCAUAGGUGAGGCCAGAACAAUGCGAAGUAAAAGCAAAAAGCAAAUCACAAGAAAACAAAUAUGUGAAUUAAUGUAGACUUACUUUGCAUUCAAUAUUUUGGGGUUAUGAUCUCAUCCUCAAGAAAUCAAUGAAUGGGUUCAUAACCCCGAAAUAUUGAAUGCAAGGUAAGUCUACAUUAAUUCACAUAUUUGUUUUCUUAUGAUUUGCCUUGCUUUUAAUUCACAUUUUUCAGGCUUUACCCACGAUCCUUUAUAUAAUAUAUUCUACACAAUGCUUCAUAGUAACUAUUCCAUAGAUAUAUGUAUAUUUAUAUAUAGUGACAAAGGUGGUCCUCAGAUGUGUUUGAUCAUAACUGAGUCAGGUCUCAGCUGAGGCUGAAUGAUGUGCAGAAAAGAUUCACAGCCUACUGCUUCCUUUUACUGACCUUCUCAUCACUUUUUGCUGUCAUUUUGUUGUCUGCAUCAUCCUACCGAUCACCCAGUCACUGCUACCAUCACCACCUUCAUUUACAUUAACUGGGAGUUUGCAAGAUGCAGAGAGCAAGGAGAGUUUGUAAAGCAUGCAAUUUCUCUCCCCCUUGUAGCUCAGCAUCGCAUUGGUUGUCACUUUGCACCACCUGAAUCAAAGAAAUAGCCCCAUACUCAGCUGAUCAAGAUGCUCACCCUGAAAUUAUUUCCUGCUGUCUUAAAAGGUAAGGACACAUUGCCUAAUGUAGUUAGAGAUAUGCUAUAUCUGGAAAUGAAUCGAGAUAGUUAUGGCUGGAAUGCCUUUAAUGAUAGGGUUUACUGCUUGAUCAAGGUUGAGCGUGGGCCAAACAAAUACAACAAACCUUUUUCUACUGCAGCUCCUUCUACUUCAUUAGGCCGUAAUUACUAAGGCUAAUACCACUAUCACCUCUACAACUAUCUCCAUUGUGAGCUGCUGUGUGUUAAGAGUGGGAAGGAGUCAUGGUGGGUGUAUAGGGUUGUUUUGAGUGACUGAUGAUUAAUGAGGCCAUCAACAUCCGAUAUUAUAACUGCUGUUACUAUCACUGCUCUGUGUGUGUGUGUGAAUGAUAAACAUGCAUUACCCAAUGCAUAUAGACUGUUCUUGGUUCACUAUCACCACAAUUACUAGCACCAUAUUUGCCGUGAGGGUAUAGGUGUGAUUGUGUGUCUGCAGGGUGGGAGAUAUGUAAUUAAUUAGCUGAACUUCUCUUCAUCUCUUUCCACUACUCUCACAACCAAGACCCUGUGAAACUACCUGGCCACUGGUACCAUAUCUGCUGUGAUAUAUGAUAAGUGUGUGAAGGGCUGAAGAGAGUGGAGUUAUUCUGAACCUUUUCCCCAUUACACCUGACCAACACUUGAGGUCACUUCAUCUGCUAAAAAUAGGAACCAAGUCUCCUUCUAAUCACACCAUACCAUCUUAGAAAAGGAUAUGUUGGGUUAAUGUCCUCCUGGCUUCUUUGUACCCAGGGAUGGUCAUGCCUGGAAGCCCUUUGGUCUGCUUGGUCACGGCUGACCUGAAACUGAACAGCUAUAACAAUCAUAACCAAAGAAGCCAAUGAGGACCCCUGACAUGUUAGAAAUUCAAGCCAAAUCUUAUUUCAUAUUGCCAUCAU